GAAAACAAUUGCAACUUAUAAGAGCUGAACAAUUUGACGAAUUAUAGGUUUAUCACUAUUAGACGAUUCGUCGAGGGUGGUUGAAGAGUCUGCACAGAGGAUCUCGAGUGUACUCGCUAUUCAGUAUUCAGAACACUAAUAGGAACUACUGAGAACGGGGAGCUCUGAAAUAUUGUAACUUUUUAAGUGGGGUACUUAAGUUUAUGAAGUGGUAGAGAAAUUUUAACACAACCUAUAAUUCAUACAACGACCUACCGUUCGAGUACUGGAAAUAUUUAGACUUGGCUGCAAUCGAGAUAGUAACGUUGAAAAAUAAGUUCCAUAACAGUGGUCAUCGCAAGUGGACGCUAACAAUGUUCAACUUCACGGAUUUGAGGCAUUUUUUCGACUACAGUGAUUACGAACUCAUAGAGGGCAAUAUUACGGACUUUUCCCCCUAUUAUCAUACGGAGCAGCCCACGGUGGACAUGUCUACUAACAAGUACCUCAUAGGCUUCGGCUCGGCUCUCGUCGCCUGGGUCAUCAUCAGCAACCUGACAGUGAUCAUCUCCGUACUGACGUCACGGAGAUUUAGUGAUCAACCAAUGAAAUUGUUCAUCGUAAAUCUCAGUCUUAGUGACGUUCUGGUCGGCUUGUUGGUGAUACCGUUCGCUCUACACACACAGGUGGCCGAAUCCUGGAAGCUUGGACUGGUAGCUUGCAGGGUGUGGAUCUUUUUGGACUGGCUUUGUGGAUGUUUGUCCAUGUAUGGAUUACUCAUGUUGAAUUUAGACAGGUUCAUAUUUGCCCUGCGUCCAGUCAAAUACAACCAUUGGAUGUCGUUGAAAUCGCAUUGUGCAGUGGUCGUUAUGUUAUUGUUGCCAUGGCUAACGUCUGCCAUUGUGGCGAUCCCCUUGACAACAGACGCUGAAAGUGCCCGGAUAGAUCAUAUCCAGUCCCUACAGGUUUGCACCAGUGGUUCAAGCCCCGUCUUCAUGAUUGGUUCGUCUGCGGCGUUAUUCUUCCUCCCAAUGACACUCGUACUCGGAAUGUCACUCGUUACCAUGUUAGUAGCGUUCAUAUCCCAUAGCAACCGCUAUACAGAGAAUAUAGAUGGCGGUAUCCAGCAGAGCUUCAGAAAGGCUAAAUCAACAUCGGUUGCCAUGUUGAUAGUAAAUCUGGUAUACCUUGUGAUGUGGUGUCCGUAUUUCUCGCUACUCGUUAUUCUAGGUCUGUCCGAUGGUUGUUCAGAGGCAUGCCCCGACCCCCUACUUUUCCACGUCAUGUACUGGAUAGGCUACUCUAACGCGGGUAUAAACCCAAUCCUUUGGUUAAUGUUUGGGGAUGUACGACAGUGUGUCAAGAGGGUGCUGUGUUGCAAAUCAUGUAAAAAGAACGAUUCUAGAACUGAGCUAGUAAUGGCUAAUUCGCCAAAAAGUGCGAUGCUAAAUGACUAUACUGCAAUGGAAAAUAGUUCCAGUACUGAAACAGUUGCCAAUAAUUUCAACGAGAGUCCGAAAGAAAAAUUAGUAGAUAAAUCGAGCUAUUGAUUUGUCAAUUUGAAAAUACCUUAAUUCAAAGGCUUUUGUCACUAACCCAAUUGGACAAAGAAGAAGAUUCUUACAAUUUCAAUCAAAAUAUUUUGAUCUAAUUCGAAAUUCAACAGUUAUCUAGUUUUAAUACCCGCUAGAUGAAGGCUAACAAUAACAUGGUUUUACUACUUGGCUGAUGAUGUUGAUCGUAUUCUAAUUUGUAAAAAAACAUUGUAAAUAUAAUGUAAAUAUAUUAUUUAUUCAGUAAAUUACAUAUUAUGCACUGAAGUAGUAAAUAUGACGAAAUAAAGC